GCGCAGGAACAGCUGUUGGCUCGGGAGGCGGCUAGUGAGCGGGCGGGCGUGGGGUGCUGGUGGCCGGCCGGGUCACGCUGCGGGAGCCGCCGCCGCCUUGUACCAUUGCACCAUGUCCGGCCAGCUGGAGCGUUGCGAGCGCGAGUGGCAUGAGCUGGAGGGAGAAUUUCAGGAGCUGCAGGAGACACACAGGGUCUACAAGCAGAAGCUGGAGGAGCUGACCGCUCUGCAGACGCUGUGCAGCACCUCCAUCGGCAAGCAGAAGAGGCAUCUCAAGGACCUGAAGCACACGCUCCAGAGGUACAAGCGCCAUUCCAGUCAAGAGGAGGCGGAGCUCAUCCAGCAGAUAGGCGCCAACAUUAAGGAGCGGCAGAAUGUCUUCUUCGACAUGGAGGCCUACUUACCGAAGAAGAAUGGGCUCUACUUGAAUCUGGUUCUUGGCAAUGUGAACGUGACCCUGCUCAGCAAUCAGGCCAAGUUUGCUUACAAGGACGAGUAUGAGAAGUUUAAGCUCUACCUGACCAUAAUCCUGCUUCUGGGUGCCGUGGCCUGUCGCUUUGUCCUUCACUACAGGGUGACAGACGAAGUCUUCAACUUCCUGCUCGUGUGGUAUUACUGCACCUUGACCAUUCGGGAGAGCAUUCUCAUAAGUAACGGUUCCAGAAUCAAAGGCUGGUGGGUGUCUCACCAUUACGUCUCUACGUUCCUGUCUGGAGUGAUGCUGACGUGGCCUAAUGGACUAAUUUAUCAGAAAUUUCGAAAUCAAUUUUUAGCCUUCUCCAUUUUUCAGAGCUGUGUUCAGUUCCUACAGUACUAUUACCAGAGGGGCUGUCUCUACAGACUUCGGGCCCUGGGGGAGAGGAACCACCUGGACCUCACCGUGGAAGGGUUCCAGUCCUGGAUGUGGCGGGGCCUCACCUUCCUCCUGCCUUUCCUCUUCUGCGGCCAUUUCUGGCAGCUCUACAAUGCCGUCACGUUGUUCGAGCUCUCCAGCCACGAGGAAUGCAAAGAAUGGCAGGUGUUUGUGCUGGCUCUCACCUUCCUCAUCCUCUUCCUCGGCAAUUUCCUGACCACACUCAAAGUCGUGCACGCCAAACUCCAGAAGAACAGAAACAAGACAAAGCGGCCAUGAGCCUUCGGACUCUUGUGUCUGGGGUUCUUGGGACUUAAGACUGCUGAGGAUUCCAGUCAGCACCCUGGCUGCCAGUCACUGGUAGCCUCAGGCAGCAGCUUCUCAGGGGCCAGCAGCAUCGCUGAGAGCAGGGCCAAGGCCCUGGUCCCUGGCCAGGAAUGUGAAGGCCGCCUGUGCGCACAGUAUUAGCCUGCCCCAGCUCCGUAUUUAUAACAUAUUUAAUGCCGGGUCUUCCCCACGUCCCUGGAAUUGGAGGCCUUUCCCCAAAGCUCUGGGUAAUGGCGGUGGCCAGGUCUGUGUCUGUCUUCCAGGGAAGGGCAAAAAGCCUCAGGGAACCCCUCUCUUCCUACUCCUGUCAUUUGAACCCCUCACUGGGGUUUGGCUGUGCCUCACCGGGGUUGGCUUUAGCUGACCUGCUUUUACCGUGUCCCAGGCACUGGGCGGAACGAAGCUUUGAGCAUCCUGUGGAGUGGCCCCCUGCCCUGGGCCACCACCUCUGCUGUAAGCCUCCCACAGGCCCCACUCUCUGUGGUGGUGGGGGAAUAUUUAAGUUCUCAGAGAACCUACCUGUCUUGUCUCUUGCCUUGUGUCUCCUGAACCGCCCGCCUUUCUACUG